AGACAGCGAGCUCCUAAUCUCUGAAUGCUGACACCUCCCUGUGCUGAGCUCCGGAGGCUCCCAGUGACCUCUUGGUAAUCAGCCUUUGCAGAGUCCAAAUCCCCACCCCUUGGAAACUCACGGAGCCUGACGUCUGCCUGUGAGCCGCUUUCAGGAAAGACCUCACAAGCUGCUACCCAAUCUCUCUUGGUAGCAAAUUGUCAAGCCAGGCCCCUUUCUUCAAAAGAUGGUAGAGGACUUAGCAGCCUCCUACAUUGCUCUGAAACUGGAGAAUGAAAUUCUGCAGGCCCAAGUGCAGAGGCUGAUGGAAGAAAAUGCUGCCCUCCAGGCCCAGAUACCAGAGCUCCAGAAGUCCGGAGCAGCCACAGAGAAUGAACCACUCCAAAAGCCCUCAGAGGCCCAAGAGCCCCAGCAGUUCCCAGAGUCCCCGCAACCCCCAGCAGCUGGGGCCUCACAAGAGCUGCCAUCUAUCAAGGAUUCCUGGGACCCCCGAGCAAUCACAGAGCCCAGGGGACCUCCAGAGACCAAGGAGUCCUGGGAACACCCAACAAUCACAGAACCCAGAGGACCCCCAGAGAUCAAGAAGCCCCGGGAGCCCCCAGAGAACAAGGAGCCCUGGGGACCCCCAGCCAUCACAGAGCACAGGGUACCCCCAGAGUCCAAGGAGUUCCAGGGAUCCCCAAAGUUCAAGGUGCAUUGGGAACCCAGAGAGAUCAAGGAGCCCAGGGAACCUUCAGCAAUUAAGGAAAGCUCUGAGCCCCCAGAGAUCAAGGAAUCCCAGGAGCUUCCAGAGGUCAACGAGUCCUGGAAGCCUCCAGUGCCCCUGGACCCCACAGCAGCCUGGGAGCUCCAGGAGACUGCAAAGGCCAAGAAGGCCCACAAGUCCACAGGGCUUCAGGACCUUUCAGCCUGGAAGCCUCCAGCAGCCCGGGAACCCCAGGAGGCUCAGAAGCCCCUGGAGGCCCCAGCAACCCAGAAACCCCAGGCAUCUCCAGUGGGUUAUGAGCUCCCAGCAGUCUGGAAGACAAGGUCCCCAGACACCCAGGGUGUCCCAGCAGUCAAGAAACUCCAGAGUUCAGAACCCCAUGACCUUGCAAAUGAUGAGGAGCCUCAGAAGGUUUCAGAAUACCAGGCGAUCUCAUCACAGUUGGAGUCCCUUGAACAUCCAGUUACCCAGGGGCCUCUGGAGCCUUGGGUGCCCCAGGAGCCCCUGGACCCUUCAGAUGCCAAGGAGUUCCUAGAACUCUCAGCACCUGAGGAGUCCCUGGAGGGCAUAAUAGUAGUGGAAACAGGAAGAGCUUCAGAGUUUCCACAGGCCCACAGUGAAUUAGAGGCUGCACCUUUUCCUCUGGAAUACCCUUUGGCCUUCAAUGGGGAUUCUCAGAAACUCCCUAAGCCCUUAGGUCAGUUGAAUGAUUACAUGAGAAUCAGAGGGCACCUGUAUCUCACUGAGGCAGCUCUAGUGAGCUUUGUUGCCAGCCGCAUCUUGGGUGAGGCAGGGAGGUGGUUCCAGCUCUUAGUAGACAGCCAAAGCCCCCUGCUGGAGCAAUUUGAAAGGUUCAUGCGAGUGCUCCAGGAUACUUUUGACAAUCCAGGUAACUUGGAAGUUGUCAAGCACCACCUUCGUCAGCUAGGCCAAAGAGAGAGCCUUGUCCACAGAUAUGCAGCCCACCUCCACUUCAUUGCUCAGGAGCUAAAUUUGGAUGAAAGCACUCUGUGCAUUCAGUUUCAAGAAGAGUUUGCCAAUUCUGUCCAAAAUGAACUGUCUCGCACAAGUUCAGCCAAUAACCUAUCUGAUGUGAUCAUUCAGUGCAUCGGCCUUGAAGAGAAGAGAAGUGGCAAGGCUGAUUCCAGUUCAUCAGGGCCAAGCCUUUCUGAAGACAGAAAUGGACCAGAGAGCCCACCAGCUGAAAACCAGCCUGUUCAAGCUACAAAUAACCGCCCCCACCUCAGUGAAGCUGAACGUGCCAGGCGUCGUGAAGGCCACUUGUGCCUCUACUGUGGCCAUCCUGGUCAUUUCGCCAGAGAUUGCCCUGUCAAGCCUCAUCGUGCCCAACAGGCGGGAAACAUGGAGGCCCGGCGGUAAGGGGGACCCCGGGCGGGCCAGUCUACAAAUAUGCGUCCCCCUCUCUCCCAAUAUCUAUGUCCCGUAUCCUAUGGCUAACUGUUGAAAUCCGACUGGGAAGACGGCAGUUCUUUGAGCAAGCGAUGGUGGAUUCAGGCUCCUACAGAAACAGCAUCGACCGCUCUGUGGUUCUUCGAGAGAAGCUGCCCAUCCGCAACAACAUCUUCCCUCUGAUGCUCGAAACGGUCGAUGGUCGUCCACUGAUUAAUGGACCCAUAACCAAGGAAACGCCACCUGUUGAAGUCAAAAUUGGAAACCACGUUGAAGAGCUCCAGUUUGACAUCAUUCAUGCACCGAGAUACCCCUUGAUUCUUGGAAUCCACUGGCUUGAGACACACGACCCAAACAUUGAGUGGAGUACCCGAACUGUGUCCUUUCCAUCACAUUAUUGUCAUUACAAUUGCUUCAGACACAGGUGGAAUCGAAGACGUCGGGAUGAAAUAAUUGCUGGGUAGAUCAUGGGUCCUAGUGAUUUCUGGCCAUCUGUCUUAUUACCUCAGCUGUCAUCAGCAUUUGCUGCUCUCUGAAUCUUCCACUGAACCUCUGGCUACAAACUAAGGCUACCCGUACAACGACGCUGCCUCUUGGAUCAUGGAUUAAACCUGACGACUUUGAGCUGCUUUUAUCCAUCAACCUUGCAUGCCUCCCCCUUUGAAUCCUGCAUAUUAUGUGGGGCUCUUUUUAUUACAAUUUUUA